CCUGCUCGCCUGCUCGCCUGCAGUCCAAUGGGAGCGACCAGUCGCCUGUGACCGCAACACGCGGGAAGUCGGCGCUCACCGCGCGAGCGUACGUCCAUUUCACGAGUGAGUGCAGAUUUGUUCUUCCGAGUGGGUGCAUGUACUGAGUGUUCGCCUCACUUGCUCCAAAAGUGGACUGACUCUUGUGUUCCGAAGGACCCGGGUGCUUUACCGGGCCGAUGUCAAGUUCAGUGUCAUGUACUGGUAGUCCUAGUGACUUCUGCCUCUCAGGACCGCCUGGAAGCAUGACCUCUGAGGUUUUCCAAGACAUGUGGCAAGACAUCGAGAGCAUACUUCUGGGGCAGCCGCCCCCGCCCCAGGCGUCUCCAGUGAGUCUCUGCGGCUCAGGAACCGUCGUAGUUACCCGCGUCGAACAGCAGCAGCAGCAGCAGCCAGAAUUCGGGGAAACGGACCACUCGAGUUACCAGGCCGAAGAAUUCGUCGACUUGGACAUGCUGAUCAACCACGCGGCGGAACAGCACAGCUACUACACACCGCCACCGCCUCACCCUGACAUCAGCGCGAGCAGCUGCAGCAGUAGGGACCACCCUGACAUCCCCAGGAUAGGCGGCGACCUUCCUCAGCCACCGACGACCUACAACGGACUCAUGACAAUCGUCCCGACGCACCACCAAGUGGCUUACAGCCACGGUCAAAUGUCGCCCCCUGCAAGUCCAGAAAACCAGGAGUACCCGAGGGGCCUGCCCCCGCAGAACGUCAUGCCCCCCACUCCCCAGCUGAUAAAAAUAAUGACCCCCCCUUCAUCGCCGAACCUGAUUUCGGCCCAACAGCAACCGGUGUUCUUGGUGGACGGCGCGGGCGAAGGUCAGCUGAAGCCGAAGAGGGGUCGCCGGAGCUGCGGGCGCAAGAAGCUGACGACGCACACGUGCGUUCACCCCGCGUGCGGCAAGACGUACACCAAGUCGUCGCACCUCAAGGCUCACCUCCGCACGCACACGGGCGAGAAGCCGUACCAGUGCAGCUGGAAGGGCUGCGGUUGGAAGUUCGCGCGCUCGGACGAGCUGACUCGCCACUACCGCAAGCACACCGGCGACCGCCCGUUCCAGUGCCGCCUCUGCGAGAGGGCGUUCUCGCGCUCCGACCACCUGGCCCUCCACAUGAAGCGCCACGUCAGUGUGUGAAUGUUCGCGUCCCCUCACAAAACUGAGACAGUGGCCACCCCUCUUCGCGUCAGACAAUCUUCACGGUUACCAAUGGAAGUGACUGAGGAAAAUGGACAACAACGUAUUUAAAGUUAUCGGAAAUGCACAGUUUUGCUACUGUAUAUCGUCUAAGGUUACCAUAGUGCACCAUAAGUAGGACUCCAUCCAGUUAUUCAAACGCAUUUCGCCAUCUUGCCGUAUUCGAUGUUUAAAUGUCACUCUCUUAUCCCCGUAGCAGACAGCAAGGAUCCUUCUGUCCCAAUUUAUGUGGUGUAGCAAAGAUCUUAGAUAAAUAAGCUCGACAUUAAGUUAUACUUAGAUCAGCUGAAACAUGCAUUAGUCAUCUUGAGUUUGUAAAUUACUGUAACAUAAGUUAUGUAUGCAAUAUUACACACGUUUCGUGACGACA